AUGCGCUUGAGCUCUAUUUUCUACCUUCUUGGUCUUGCUUUAACAACUGUUUCGGCUGAAACAGCAUGCACUGGAAUUUACUGUGGAUGCGAAUUGGGAUAUUGCUGGAAAGCUAAUUCUGCUGUUAACCCAACUUCAUUCAGAGUGGAUCGGUUUUGUGAACGCACAGAAGACUGUCUCAAGGGAUGCGUUGAUGGCUAUUGUCAAGUAGCUGAUUCCUCUCAAAUCGGUCCUGUGAUUACUGAUAUACAGUGUGCUCGAACCUCGGACUGCUACCAUUACAUUCCCACUGUUCAAAUCAAACACUAG